CGUGCUGAUCAUACGAGGCACGCACACACGGAUGUCAGUCUUGUCGACAUCAUGCAGCAGCAUCAAUUUAUUAUGUCGUCUUCAAUGUGCUCCGUGUUAUUUAUUCAUUUCAACAAGGCAAUAGGUGUUUUCAUACCAAUCUAGGCUAUGAUCUAUCAUUUUAAUGUAAAGUGCAAUUUUCUUAAACUGAGCAGUGUGUUCUCUGUUUGCUUGAAGCAUACAGACUACUGUUGAAAAACAUGUAAACCAUGUAUUAUAUGUGCUUCCCUUUCUAAAGAGAACUGUGGCUACUGGUGACCAUCCUAACAAAUCUGAUAGAAAUAAAUGCAGUCCAAUCUCCCUUGACCAAGAGGUUGUGCAAAGACUAGUAAGCGUUAUGUUAUUUUGAUGAACAUACCAAUAUGAACCUAUUCUGAAGAAAGUCUUUUGAGUCCCUGAGGGUAUGUUCAACAUGACAUCUGGAUGUGUGAAGAAAAUGUAUGGUACUUUGUUCUCAGUCAGUUCCAUUCAGUGGUCGUAUCAGAGGUGGCAUGAGGCCUGGAAAGAAGAUCAUUGUGAUGGGGAUAGUGAAUCCUGAGCCUGACGGCUUUGACAUCAGUUUGGCCUGUGGGUGUGGCACAGUGGAUGAGGCUCCUCCCACUGACGUGGCAUUGGAGCUCUGUGCCAAGUUCGAGGACCUCCAGUUCCUACGCAAGGCCUGUGUUUCGGGAACCUGGGGCGACGCUGAGAAGCUCAUCCCCUACUUCCCCUUCAUCGAGGACCAACCUUUCCGGAUCGAGAUCCAUUGUGAACUACUGCGUUUCCGUGUAUUUGUGGAUGGACACCAGCUCUUUGAUUUUUACCACYGGGUGCAAUCCUUACUGGACAUUGACACAUUAAGGAUUAAUGGUAGUCUGACCAUUACCAAACUCGGAUAGAGGGAAGAAGGACUGUGUAGGAUGCACCUUACAGAAGUGGUGAUGGAACCUUACCUGCCACAAUCCUCACACUUAGCAACAAUGUAGACAUCGGCUUGAAAGCAAUGUCUUAGCCUCUUUGAGCCUUAGCUGACAAAAUCGAUUGCAAUGCAAUGUUCUGUCUGGAUUUUCUAUAGGAUGUAGCCUACCUAUUUCUGUUAGUCGUGAUUUAUUUUUUGUUUCAAGGUAUUGAGUGCUGUUGGUUUGAGAUGGUCAUGAAAUAAAAAAGCUUCCAGGGUAAAAAGAAAACUUGAAAAGAUCAGAGAUCUUGAGCAAUACAUUUUUGGUGUUAAUGAAAGCUCUCAGGAGGAAUUACAUACUGCUCUGAACAUGAGGAUGAAAAUUACAUUUAAAUAAAGGACAUAGUGUGUCCUUUAUUUUAUAACAUUUUGAUUAUAUUG